AUACUCGGAUGCAAGUGAAGACCAUCAUCCAGACAGAAUUGCCGUGGGAGCUGUUUGUAUUUAUCCGGAUUGGUGCGUUAGGGCUUGGUUAUUUUGAUUUUACAGCACCUCGAAUCAGACUCAGAGAUGAGUAUGAAAAAUAAUCUUGAUGCGGAAAUCUGAGCAAAUAAUGAAAUGAUAGAAAUACCAGCACAUGCCAUAUGGCAAAUCAAAAUUAAAUUAGUCACGAAUCAAGCUUUUUUGGGACAACAGAAAUUGAUAAUCUCACCUUAAGCAUUUUGUAAUCAUGAUGUGUAAGCACCAAUUUUCAACAAAUAGAUAAUUCGUCAGCCAGUUAUGGUUAGCGUUUACAUUUAACAUACCUAUAAAUAGCCCUCCAUCUAUUUCUCAUUUCCAUCAGAAUUCAUAGCAAAAAUAAAGGUGCCAUUUCUGAUCUUACUACCAUAUACUCUCCAAUUAACUAUGGGCCGUAAUAUGUUGUUCAUCAUAGCUCUGGCAAUGGGAGCUAUAGCCUUAGGCGCUUCUCCUCUCGCUCGUGCAGAUCCCGACAUGUUGCAGGACUUUUGUGUGGCUGUCAAGGACUCUGAAGCUGAGGUGUUUGUGAAUGGAAAGAUUUGCAAGAACAUAACGGAAGUCACUGCCGAUGAUUUCUACUUACAAGCCCGGUUGAACAUCCCACGAAAUACAUCAAAUCGGUUAGGAUACACGAUCACACCAAUAAUAGUGGACAACCUACCAGGACUAAACACAUUGGGUGUUUCACUAGGGCGUGUGGACUUCGGGCCAUAUGGACUUAGUCCUCCACAGACCCAUCCUCUAGGAAGCGAGGUCAUCGUAGUGUUUGAGGGAACCCUAUAUGCGGGGUUCAUUGACUCGAGGAACAAAUUGUUUGCCAAGACACUUCGUCCCGGAGACAUUUUUGUUGUGCCGCGAGGGCUCAUUCAUUUCGUGUACAAUACUGGAGGGGGCAAUGCAGUUGCCUUUGCUGCCUUUGGGACCCAAAAUCCAAAUCACAUUUAUAUACCUGGAGAACUUUUUGGAAGCGAUCCUCCGAUUCUUCCAGAGGUUCUAAGCAAAGCGUUCCUAUUAGACAAGGAUGUGAUUAACCGCCUCAGAUCCCAAUUGCACUCAGACUUACCAAAAUGAGGCCAUGCAGCUUCCAUGCCCGAUCUAAAUUAAUAUACUUCAUAAUAGCUAUAUUAGUUAUAAGAAAAUUCAAUAUAUGAAUCAAUAAAUGUAUAGGGCCCUCAAUGGAGUCCGGGAACGUGAUCGAUAAAUAUAAUAAAAAUGGAGUAUAUUUAUUAUACAUCGAUACAUGUAAGCGUAACUAAGAAUGAGUGCCCCAAUAAAAAUAUGUAUCAUUGGUUAACCAUCACUGCAUUACACACAUACACAUACGGAGUAUUAGUUUUGACACGCACGCGAUGCGAUCCAAUAAAUGUCCAAUGUGUUUCUUUCCCGAAAAAUAUGUGUAUAUUUUGCAGUACGUUUACCAUCACAUUUGUAAAUGAAAGACCAAUUAAGAAGAUUUGUAACAUGUUCAUUAUAAAUCUCCACCUAUGAGCAUUAGCAGCUAUAUUUAAGUUAGGGGUGGACAUAUCAGCUCAAAUUGAUCAAAUUGAAC